GAUUAAGAAUGGACAUAAGGAGGAAGCCAGUGGACCUCUGGUACUCUCUGCAGUAUUGAAACAAGAAGAAGACUGACGUCAUCGCCCAGAAGUCGUUACAACACUCAAAGCGGAAGCCGCAUUCGUUGAACCAGUUCGUGUAUGUUGUUGCAUGUUUUCGUCGAGGAUUUAAGACGUAAUUUCUAAAGGUUGACAAAUUUAACCGAGUAACUGUGGGCUUGGUGACAUGGUGGGCUAUGACCCCAGGGCACAGGGGGUACCGCUCAGUGCCCAAGACGCAGCCCUGGCCGGGUCGGCUGCCGGGAUGGUCACCCGAGCCCUCAUCAGCCCUUUGGACGUUAUUAAAAUCCGAUUCCAGCUACAAAUUGAGAGUCUGUCCUCUGCAAGGCCAGGAGGGAAGUAUUGGGGCUUAUUUCAGGCAGCACGUUGCAUUCAUGCUGAAGAGGGCCUCGCUGCUUUUUGGAAGGGUCACGUACCCGCACAGCUGCUCUCCAUUUGCUAUGGAGCAGUGCAGUUUGCUACAUUCGAGUGUCUGACCAAGGUGGUCCACGAAAUGACGUCGUUCGACAGCCAGACGUCAGGAGUGCACUUCCUGUGCGGAGGCUUGGCCGCCUGCUCGGCCACGGUGGUGUGUCAACCUCUGGACACGCUCAGGACGCGCUUUGCCGCUCAGGGCGAACCCAAGUUGUACAGGAACCUAACGCACGGCGUGCGUACGAUGUGGCGCUCAGAGGGUGCACUGACAUUCUACCGUGGCCUCUCUCCGACGCUUGUUGCCGUGUUUCCUUACGCCGGACUGCAGUUCUUCUUCUACAAUGUCUUCAAAAAGAUGCUGGUGCCGCCUCCUUCUGCUGAGAAAUCGGGAGAAAACCUACGCAGUCUAGUGUGUGGCAGUGGAGCCGGAAUGAUAAGCAAAUCAAUCACAUAUCCAUUUGAUCUCUUGAAGAAGAGAUUGCAAGUUGGAGGCUUUGAGGAGGCCAGAGUCCACUUUGGACAGGUCCGCCACUACCAGGGGUUAGUGGACUGCAUUGCGCAGAUUACCAAAGAGGAGGGCAUGCGAGGCUUCUUUAAAGGCCUCUCUCCGAGCCUCAUCAAGGCCGCCUUGUCCACCGGGUUCACUUUCUUUUCAUACGAAUUGUUCCUCAAAAUGUUACAAGACCUCAAAGACGCACAGACAGGCAAUGAUGGCUUCACCAAACGUCUGUUGGGAAGAUAGCCAUGGUGAUGAGACCAUGUGGGAAGUAGUCAUUGGCACCUCCUGUUGAGUUUACAAAAUAGAGAUAUGGUAGCCUGGAAAUGCAAAACGAUAGUUAAUUGUGAAACACUAACAUUUCAGGAACCACAAAACAAAACAUGAAACACUUUAACAUUUCAGACAACACAAAAACAAAGCACGAAAUAUGCUAACAUUUCAGAAAACACAAA